AUUUAUCCUACUGCCGUGGCCGGUAGCGUCUAAGGCAUAGACUCUCUCGUUUUUACUUCUGGGUUGUUCAUUAGAAAUUAGAAUUUAACAUUUUAUUACAAUAUUGGAGCAGGAGAUUGAAGGAAGUAGUUAGAGUAGCAUCGCAAGAUUACAAUUAAUAUUAUUUCAAUUUGUUCACCCAAAUUUGUUCCAAGAAUCGUAACAUUUCAAUUGUGAUAAUCAUAGAUAAUGGCGGAACCACGUGGAACUGACCAAGACUCUUCACAUCACAUCGACAUUGAAGAAACGACACAGAAAACCCACAGACUUUUGAUAGUAGCUCUUGGAAAAUCUAAUAAAUUACCUAUAGGUUUGUCACGAAAACUUUAUGAGAAUCAUCGCCAUUUUAGAACUGCCACCGAUCAACUCAGCCAGAACACUAUAAUAUUAUCUAAUUAUUUAAUACAUGACUACCCCAAACAAGCGAAAUUUAAAAACGAAGAAAUAGAAAAUAAUUUAGAAAAGCUUGUGGAUAUUAACAAUGAUGAACUAGAUAAAGUGAAGUUGAAGAUUGAGAGGGUAAAAAACGGAGAUAACGAUACAAUUGAGGAAAUGAACAGACCAAUAUUCAAUCCUGUCAGGACAUUUAGAAUGAACAAUACAUUGAGUUUAUUACCAGAUAAUAGUAAAGUCAUGCCUCAACUAAACUUCAAAGACAUAAUUGAUAACACUAACAACCUUUGGAGGCCUAUUAUUACAUAUAAGCCCAACAAUAUACAACCUCUUCAGGUCCAACUUGAGGUUGAUAAUGAUGGCAAUGUAGUUGGAUAUACACACCCUUACCAAAUUGAGUUAGACCUUUAUGAACCUCCCAAACAUUUUUUGAAAAAUGAUGACCAACCCUUAGACUUUCCACCACCAAUCGAAUACACAGAAUUCACAUUUGUUGAUACAAUGGAAAAGCUUCAGAUUCUUCUAAAUGAACUAAACCAUGCUCAUGAAAUAGCAGUGGACUUAGAACACCACAAUUAUUAUUCUUACCAAGGUUUCACAUGUUUAAUACAAAUUUCCAUUCUAAAUAAGGAUUUUGUGAUUGAUGCUUUGAAGCUCCGCGAACACUUGCAUCGUCUGAAUGAAUCAUUUACAGACCCAAAGAAACUAAAGGUGUUUCAUGGUGCAUGUAAUGAUAUAAGGUGGCUGCAGCGUGAUUUUGGUGUCUAUGUAGUUGGUUUGUUUGAUACAUACGAGGCCUCUUUGGUACUUAAUUUUAAAGGGAAAAAAUUUUCAGACCUCUUAAAGCGAUUCUGCAAAGUUGAAACAGAUAAAAGAUAUCAAAUGGCAGAUUGGAGAGUAAGACCUUUGCCCAGAGAAAUGAUUAUAUAUGCCCGAUUAGAUACUCAUUAUUUGAUAUAUAUUUGGCGCGAAAUGAAAAAGUUGUUACUGAAGGAUCGGAACGGAAUGAAUUUGAGACAAGUUUUUGAAAAUAGCAAGCGGAUUUGUUUAUAUAAAUACAAUAAACCAGAAUUUACACAAUCCAGCUAUUUGGAGUUAUAUAAUCGGUCUAGAAAAACAUUAAACUCCCGGCAGCUGGCUGCUUUUAAAUUAUUAUUUCAUUGGAGAGAUAACCAAGCUCGAAUUGCAGAUACAAGUGCUGAAUAUAUAAUGAAUAGUUCCACAUUAUUUAAAUUGUCCGAGGAUUUGCCGAAUGACACAGAAAAGAUUAUGCGGUGUUAUGAAGGUGGAACCCGACCUAUGAAAAAUCAUUUGGUCAUGAUACUACCUAUAAUAAUAUCGUGUCUGGAUUUACCGUUGGAACCCUCUCUCUUCCAUACACCAGCGUCAAUUAUGAGUACAUUGCAACACGUCGAACAAGAAAAUCAGAUUGAAACGUUACACGCAUUGUCAAGUGACGUGACCAAGCUAGAUAAUCCACUAACAACUAUGGCGCCAUAUAUCCCCACUGAGCAAACAUUCGCCUCGAUUUCUAAUAAAUUCGUGCAGAACAUUUACAGAAGAGGAUUCCUUCCACCCUAUGAUAGAUUCAAAUACUACCGUAAUCUUAUUCAGAGAGAAUACUUCCAAGGUCCAUUCGAUCGUCCUGCAACAAUGAAUAAAGAGGAUGCCGCAUGCAAAGUGAAUUCUGAACCUUUUCUGUAUCUAAAGCCAGACAGUUCCGCUUCCAACUAUAAUGUUGCAGGCCCCAGCUGUAGUUAUAAGUAACAGAAAAUUAAGAACUCAAUAUAGUGCAAUUCACGAAGACAGUGUGCGUGUGUACCGAAAACACUCACACAUUAACGGAACGCUUGCACACUAUAAACGGUUUGAAGGAAUAGUGGGGCGCGUCUUCAUGGAUUGCACUAUCUAUAUAAGGAACCAUUUAACCUUUAAUUGGUGGCGCCUAAAGAGUUGUGGUAUGUGAUCGCGGUCUAGUAAAGUAUGUUUUUAAAUAGGAUACAUUCUCGCAGAGGUUUGUAGUACAUAACAAUUAUUGCAUCGCAAACAUUUGAGCACUAGAAUUGUUAUAGUACAAGUUUCUGGUUCUUGGACAUUGUUCUAUAGUACCAAGCCCUACUGUCUACUUUUUAUUCGUUAUAAUAUUUUUUCACAUAUGCCUUUAGUCUGAUAGAAGAUGAUUAAAUACUGUACAGCUGUCUCAAUGGCCGAUCAAGUGUUAAUAAAGCAGAUUUACUGCAAAUCCCUCCCGGCUCCGUGCCAGCAAAAGUAAAACUCUUCUUUUCUAACAAAUAUAUUUUCCAUUUUUUUUAUUUUUUAUUAAAAGUUAAACAGAUUUUGUUACUAAUAGUAUAUAAGUGUAUAAUUAUAAGUAAGUAUUCAAGACUGAUUAAUAUAUGUGAACACUAUUCACAGUGUCAGUUUUAUUUAUUUAAGAUCAUUUUAUUACUAUAGUGACUAUAGUAAUAAAAUGAUCUUAAAUAAAUAAAAGCUUACACUAUAGUACAGUGUAAGCUUUUAGAAACAGAAAAAUGUAGCAUGUUAAAUUGCUGUGUAAUAGUUCAUUUAAGUUUUUUUUUUAAAAGAAGCCCCCAUGCUUAACAUGGAUUACAGUUUUCAGUGUCACAGCCAAAUCCAGUAAGCCCCAUUAUAUAUAUGUUAAACACAUGUGGGCAACUUUAUGAUUUUGGAUUGAGCUAACUUUUAUAAAUAUAAGUACAUUUUUUUUAAUAAAAAACUAUUAAACAAAA